AUGAGCCCUUCAGGAGAGAGCGCGGUGGAGACGCGCCUUAACCGCACCUGCGAGGGGUGUAGGAGGCGGAAGAUUAAGUGCAUUCCAGACCCCUCCGAGACGGACCUGUUGUCCAAGAGAUGCACUCGAUGCACCAAGCUGGACCUUGACUGUGUGUUCCACGCUCCUGCGACAAAGAGGAGACGAAGACGCAACGAGACGCGGAUUCGCGAGCUUGAGCAGAAGCUUGAGGAGGUUCAGCGAUCUGUUGCGAGAGAGCAGAGAGCGGAACUUUGGACCCCUUCGACUUCGGAAGCUUCGACGACUCCGGCAAGCGCCAAUGAACAAUUGCUGGCUCCCAGUCGAAUUCCGGCCACAUCCCCAGCACGCCCCGUGUCCCACGAGAUCCCCGACCAACUGCCUGCCAAGGAGGACCCCAUUGCUCGGGGAAUUAUCGAUGAAUCACUAGCUGAAGAGCUGUGUGUUCAAUUCUGCACUGAGCUCCUACCGCGAUACCCCCUGAUUCUACCCCCGGUUCCCCUCUCUUGGCGCGCCCUGCAACGGCAUCGCCCAGCGCUCUUCCGGGCGAUGUUGGCAACGGCUUCCAGCAGUUUCAAACCGAGUCUCUGGAAAUCAUUAUUCCAAGAUGCGGAGAGAUAUGUCAUGGAGCAGGCCAUGAUAUUUGGUCGGAAAUCGCUCGAUCUCAUCCAGGCAGCGUUGGUUCUCGCGACCUGGAGUCAUCCUCCAGAUAGGUUCCAAGACCUCAAUUUUGGCCAGUUUGUCAAUAUUGCGGCGACUAUGGUGAUUGACUUGCGGUCUUCGAAUGAUAAGCGGUAUCAAAUUCCGUCCUCUGAUAGCGAGGCUGCACAGACUGGGGAGUAUCUUGAGGCCGCGAGAACGUUUUCUGCUUGCUACCUGCUCUGCUCCAGUAUUGCAAUGGCGUUUCGUCGACCAAAUACCCUUCGUUGGGGAUCGUGGGUCAGGGACUGCACAAAUAUCCUGGAUCCUCGGCCCAUCGCCCACAUUGGCGACCGUCGCCUCGCAGCAUGGAUUAGACUGCAGAGGCUCGCCGAAGAGAGCCUCACGAUGGUUGGAUUAGACGAGGGCUCAUCGAUCAACUUUUCAGACGCACGCACUCGUAUCAUUCUCAAGGGAGGUUUCGAGCGAGUCAAGGAAUGGAGGCAAAAUCUCCCCGACGACAUCAUGACUGAAACCCUUGAAAUACAUCACUACAUGAUCCUCCUCAACUUUUGUGAACCCGGUCUCUACGACAACCACGAACUCCAAGACUUUCGACCACCGUACGCCAUCCACACGUUGCCCUCCACAGACGUCUUUACACGAGACUCGCCGCAGUUUGUCGACGCACGGAUAGAGUGUCUAGACAUUGCACACAACCUCAUCAACAUGUUCCUCCGCCUCGCGGGUGACGGCCUACGGCAAGUGCCUGUGAUUGUGUUUACGAGAAUGAUGUACGCGGUUGUUGUCAUCAUCAAGCUAGAGGUGUUUAACAGGCCUUCUUCUGAGGUGGGAUACAUGUCGAAGGGGGAUCAUAUGUCUGCGAUAGACAUGCUUCGUCGCAUACUUGCGUGUCUCGCGACUGCAGCUGAUGGAUCGCGGUUCCGUGUUCCAGCCACGUUCCAUGCCGUGCUUCAGAGGCUGUUGAGUCGAUGUGGAGAGAGUUUCUCGCGCCUACAUAUGGGGCAGGAUGAAAUAAUAGAACCCUUGAUGAACCUCCAAGUCGACGAGUCAAGACACGAACGAUCCAUCACUCCUCCCGCCAUUUCGAGACCACCGGCACCAGAUCAUCAAGCAUUUGCUAUUGACCCCGCGCUUCACAACAUGGAGGUUCCUUCAUUCCAGGAUCCAUCGAUCUCAUUCAACGAUUUGUUUCAAAGUGCCCCGGAUGAUGCCGCGGCCAUGAUGUUCUGGAAUAGUUUCCUCGGGGAUGGGUAUUUCCCGAUGAACCCCGAGCAAGGAGGAUGUGAUAAUGGCAUGAUACACUACUAG